UGAGUGUGUGUGAGUUGGUUUUCAACUCUCGCAACAGAGUUUGACAAUUAUUAUUAUAUAUUCAUUUGACUGACAUUCUUGUCGUGAAAAUUUUUUCCCCAAUAAUAAGUGUUGUGAAUUCAUUAAAAUAAAAUAAAAAAUAAUUAUCUCCUUUUUCUCAUUAUAAUUAAAAUGAAAGUCAUGUUGUGGCAAAAUCCAAAAUCAAGGAGUGCUUAUUUGACGGGAGAUUUUCAUUGACAUGAAGGAGGUUGUAAAGAAUCCACUGGUCUACGGGCCACUUCUACUUGGCAGAUUAUCCAAAGGCACUUUCAUUAAAAAAUCAUCACGAAAGUGCAAAAAUGGUUGUAAAUUGAAAAUUCGUUUUCCCCGUGAAAUUAAUAAUAAUAAUAAUAAUAAAAUUGCAACGCUUGUUUAAAAUAUUAAAUGCCUGCGAGCAUUGCUCGGAGGCAUCGCAGUGUGUACCUUUAAUAUAUAUAUAGCUAUAUAUAUAUUUACACGAAAGGCGAAUGAUUAGUGAAUAAAUAUUGUUUUAAGUGUCAAGUUUUUUUGUCAAGAGGAAUUUUAAUUUAGAAAAUAUAUUUGACAAUGGCUUCGACAUCAAGUCCAUCAGUGCAAGUUUUAAUGAAUAAAGGAAAACGUGGAGCUGCUGCCUAUAUUCAUGCAGAAUGUAGUAACCGGGCCAUGGGAUCCGGCUGCCCACGUCAUCUCAAUGAACUCCUGGAUAUUUUAUUGAAUCCUAGUAAAGCAAUCGACGACUGGGAAACAAUUGACUGGUGCAAAUGGUUAAUGGCUGGGGGCCGAACACCCGACGAAUUUGUUAAUACAGUGAGAAUUUAUGAUAAUGCCACUAAUUGUGGAUUAGUUUGGACGCCAAAUUUUGUUGCUUAUCGUUGUCGAACAUGUGGAAUUUCUCCAUGCAUGUCUUUGUGCAAGGAAUGCUUCAAAAAAGGAAAUCAUACUCAACACGAUUUCAAUAUGUUUAUCAGUCAAGCUGGAGGUGCUUGCGAUUGUGGCGAUACAUCUGUUAUGAAGGAAGCUGGAUUUUGCGAUAAACAUGGACCAAAAGCAGCAGCCAACAAAACAGUUGCACCUUCGGAAUUAAUGUGUGUUGCUGAAGCAAUGAUGCCAAGAAUUAUUCUUCGACUCAUUCAACAUCUUCGAGAAAAUUGCAAAGUCGGAGUGGCUGAUUAUCGGGUCGCUAUUCAAGGUGCAGAUGCUUAUUUAUCGAUGCUAUUAGAUUUUAAUAAUAUGGGUGCAGUAAUGCGACAUGUAAUGACCGCAGCACUUACAAAUCCACAAAAAUAUCGAUGUUUCAUGGAUCCCUCAGUUUUUACUGGGAAAUCAGAUUACGAUAACUACUGUCAGGACAGUAAUAAAAUUUAUCAAGACGCCAUUAAAUCGCUACCAAAUCCAGAACCGCCAGAUGAAUAUAAAGAAUGCGCUUCCUUGAGAGAACAUUUGGAACAUAAUACAUUUUUAGAGGAACUUGUUUUCUGGACAGUCGCUUAUGAAUUUCCUCAAAAACUUGUUUGCUUUCUAUUAAAUAUGCUACCGGAUCUCGAUUAUAAGGAAGAUUUAACUAGAGCUUUUGUACUUCACUAUAGUAGAAUUUCAAUGAUGUUGGAACGAUCAACAGAUCCUGAAACUUUGAGUAAUCGGGUCGUUCAUGUCAGUGUACAGUUAUUCAGCAAUGAGGGCUUGGCACUUCGAAUGGUUGAUCAAUUGAAAUUACUUCACGUCAUGGUUAUUAGCUUAAAGUACAUGAUGAGCAAAAUAAUCAUUCAAAAUACAUUGCACGAUCCAGACAAAAAUUUUCAUUAUGUCGUUGAUUGUGGACGACAAGUGAUGAAGGAACAUUGUUAUUGGCCUCUCGUGUCCGAUUUAAAUAAUGUGCUCUCACAUAAACCAGUUGCCUAUAGAUUCAUGAAAGACGAUACACUUUUAGAAAUGUGGUUCGAUUUUCUCUCCAUGUUUCAAGGUAUGAAUGUUAAUCAACGUGAAUUGGGACAGCAUGUGGAAUUCGAACCUAAUACUUAUUAUGCGGCAUUCAGCGCUGAAUUAGAAGCAAGUGCUUAUCCAAUGUGGGCUUUAGUAUCUCAUUUGCAAGGUCCAGAAAGUGUUGUUCUAAGUCGACGGAUUCUUACAUUUUGUCUCUGUGCACUGCAAGAUUGGUUGGAUGCUGUUAAUUAUACUGAUACAAAUGUGAGUGACAGACUGCAAGUUUCGUUUCAUCUGCCUCUUCAUAGAUAUUUUGCAGUAUUCAUGUGUCGCGCUGCCAGACAACAAGGAGUCACACUUCAUGAGUUAUUGCCGUCAACUGAAAUGCUUCACCUUCUCAUGAUGCAUCCAUUACGUGUACAAGUGGCGUUUUAUGAAAUUUUAAAUGGCCUUUGGGUACGCAAUGGAUUACAAAUAAAAGGACAAGCAAUGACGUAUGUUCAAUCGAAUUUCUGCAAUUCCAUGGUCGAUGCUGAUAUUUAUCUUCUUCAAAUUUGUGCAAUGAAAUUACAACCGGAUGUAUUUCUCAAGACAGUCAUCGAUAAAUUCCAUGUUAGAGAAUGGAUGAGUCUUAGUUUGUAUCAUGCACCACAAAAUGAAUAUCUCGAAGGGGAACACGAUACUCCAAUGCUUGAGAGUUGUUUAACAUUUUUGGCAACUUUACUCAAUAUCAGAACAAAUUUAGGACUCUCGGAUUCUGAAAUGGCAGGUUUAGAAAUGGUAACACUUUUAUGUAUUGGAGAUAAAACACACAGUCAAUUAAUGGAAUUAAUGCCAGAACGUUGUGGUACAACUCAAAAUCGUGAUUUUGAGGCAAUUUUAAGAGACGUGGCAGAUUUUAGAGCUCAAAACACUGAAGCAAGUGGAAAUAUGCAACAAAGAAUGUAUGGUCCUAAGCAACGUGUUUGGGAAGAAUUAUUCGAUCCUUUACAUGUUUCACUUAGAGCUGUCCAUCGAAAGGAUUUUCAAUUAGCUAUGGAUCGAUUUAUAAAAUAUGUAAAACAAUCGGGAAAGGUGAAAAAUAGUGCAACUCCUUGGCCACCAUUUCGUCAUCCUGUUCCUGUUUCUUCGAAUUAUGACGAUCCAAGACUUGUUCUUCGAUCGAAAGUCUUCCACGCAAUGAUUUAUAUUAUUUUAUAUAAAUCCGUUAAUGGUCACAAUGUUUCGGAAAAUGUAAUGGCAUUGGCUAUUUAUCUUUUGGAAAUGGCAGUUAUGAGUGCUCAAGUUCCUGAUAAAGCUAGCAAUCCAUUAUGUCAGUAUACAAGUGGAGAAUCUUCUCGUGUGAUAAAAGAUAUGGAUUUGUCCAGUUGGUUUACAAGUGAUGAUUUAUCAGAAAAUCUCAGAACUGUCGUGCCUCGAGUUGUUUUGAUGCAAGAAACUGAACACAGCAGUAUGAGUAGUGAAUAUUGCGAUUUUGAUUGGGAAGUUCAAGGAGAAAUGACUGAAGUAGCUUCAUCAUUGAUGUUAGACGAUAGUGUUGUGGAAAAUGCUUUGGCACUUGCCUUUGAGACUGUUGACGCUAAUAGUGAUACAAUGGGCGAAUCAGCUUCGCUCCCAGCUUUACCUCCCGCUAAUGUUGAAUAUAGCAUGGCUAUUGUACCUGAAGAUGGAAUUGUUGCCAUUCCACGUGGGAAUAGUGACGAGAUCUUAAUAACACCUUCGCAAAGAGCAUUGCCACCAUCCAUCGAAGAAUCCAUGGCCCUUGCCCUUGAAUCACCUCCUUCACCGCACCAUCAUUUAGGCCAACCGGCUUUACCACCAGUACCCGCUGUUCCUGCUGUUUUGGCUGGAAACGAAGUGGUACCGGUUCAAAAUUUAGAAUUAGAUACAAUUUAUCCUCGAAUAUCAAGAAGGUCUGAAAUAGUUACGACUGACAUUGUACCCUCAACCUCAAAUACUCAGAGACACUUUAGACAUAGAGAUCCUCAAGUUGGAUCUUCACAUCCUCAAACAAUGUUGAGAUUAGGAGAAAGUAUAAUCUCCCUAUUAUUAAAACUUCAUUCGCAAUUGUCCGGCGUGCCUGACAGUUAUUAUUCCGAUUCACAAGAGCCAAAUGAAGCUGAAGCAAUGAGUAGUAGCGCUGAACCCGCGAAAGAAUCGCGAAUUGGCGAUGGUCCAUAUUUCAUUUCACAAUUGCUCAAAAAAAUAGAGAAUUUAGAUCCCAUGUGUAGGGAUAGUAUCAAUGAAACGAGAAAUCGAUUAUGGCCACGAAUGCAGGAAUACGAAGAUGAACAACGUGAACGUGAACAUCGUGAAAAAGAGGAAAAGAAACGAAGAGCCAAGGAGAGACAGCAACAAGUGAUGGCUGAAUUUGCAAAUAAGCAAAAACAAUUUAUGGAAAAAGCAAUGGAAAUUGAUGAGGCAGAAGCGACGGGCGCUGAUUGGAGUGGUGAGGAGAAUCAAAAUAAAUUGAUCAGCAAAAAGGAAUAUGAUUGUGUUAUUUGUAAUCAAACAACUCACAGCAGUGAAGACAAACCCAUGGGACUUGUUGUUUUAGUUCAAGCUACAAGUGUUAUGGGCCAUGAACGGCGCCAUCCUGAAAGAUUAGUUCUUCGUAUUUCGGACGAUGAUUUAUCACAAUCGCCGGAAACAACACCAAAAGCUGAAACUCGUGGUGCUUCUUUGGAUUUGAGGAUGACGGAAUUGACGAGACAUUUUGAUUUGAAUUCUUGUUUACUUUCCGUGAAUCAAGGCUGGGAUGACGGUGUUCAUGUGCAAACGUGCGGUCAUCAUUUGCAUUUGGACUGUUUGAAAUCGUAUUUACUAACAUUGCGCAAUCAACAACGACAACAAUCAUUGGCCGUUGAACGUGGUGAAUAUUUGUGUCCUCUUUGUCGACAAUUGGCAAAUUCGGUUUUACCAUUAUCGCCACAAUUGGGAGAAUGUGCUGCAAUUGUUCGCUCUCGGCAAGCAUCACCGAAAAUAAUACUCACCGAAUUGAAUAAUUUUCUCAAUGACAUUCAACGAAAUCGAACUUCGUCUAAUUUAUCGGUGGCAAUGGGAAAAGCCAUGGAGGAUAUGACGGGUGUCACGUACUUAAAAUAUAACCAAAAGGGUAUCACUCCUAGUCAUGAAAGUCUAUUUCUUUUUGUAACUUCGGUGGCGAGGACAAAUUUUGAAGUUGAACUUAUACAACGCGGUGGUUCGCUUUGUGUUCAACCAACGACUAUUCCUCUCACACCAAAACGAGACUGCAUUGUUGCUCUGCUACACGUAUUAGCGAUGCACGCGAGAGUAUUGACAAAUUGGUCAGUAUCUCAUACUUGGCAGCAAUUGGCGGGUUUGCCCUCGGAUGCAUCAACGCCAUUAGCACUCAUACCACACGAGAAAGAAGUUCCUUUACUUCUCAGGGAUCCAACAGCACUGCUUCUGCAGUUUAUACUUUUACUUCCUUUACAUUUAGAUCAAGCAUAUUUUUCGGCUGUUGUGAAAGUUAUUUACAAUCUUUUGUACUAUCAAGUUGUUUUGCAAAUUAGUUGCAAUUUAUCUCAGGCGGAGAGAAGUGCUCUUCUUACAAAAACACUUAUUGGAAAAGUGGCAAUUGGAAAACAUGUUCCACAUUCAUUGGAAACGACAUUAGGCAUUGUCAUUGGAUAUUUUAAUAACAGCAAAAUUUAUGGCGAUGAAUCAUCAACGAGUGAAUCGUCUGCAAGACGAAUAUUUCGAAUACUUGGAUUAUUUGAAUUAGAAUUUCCCGCUUGGAAUGUUCAAUUUGCUGGAAAAACGCUUAAUCUUGAAUUGAUGGUUCAAAGUUUGUGUCUACCAUUCUUACGAGUCGCUGCAUUGUUGCGUCAUCAUUUAUACGAGCAACCAAUACCGUUCAUCGAAUCACCUCAGGAAGAAUUUGUGAGACUUGUUUAUUAUUUGGAAUUGGUUACCGAAGGAAUGGACAUGGAAAUUUUUAGUUCUCUUGUUGCAUUAAAUUGGCAAGACAGUGAAGCGGCUGUUGAAGUUCCACGUCUUUGGUGUGAACAGUACAAAGCUUUUGUCCAUCGAAGUGAAAUUGCUGCCAAGAAUUUGAUUGUUGAUCAACAUAUAUCUUGGCAAAUGCCGAAACUCUUUAGUCUUCCUAGGGAAUAUGAAAAAAUAUUUACGUAUUAUCAUGAGCGUCAAUGUCGGCAAUGUCUUUCAGUACCUCAAGAAAUUAGUAUUUGUUUAUUGUGCGGUGAAAUCGUGUGUUUGAAGCAAAAUUGCUGUAAGCAAAAUAAUAUUUGCGAGGCUGUGGAACACGCAAAUAAAUGCGGAGGUGGAACUGGAAUUUAUUUAGUGGUAGCAACAACAUAUAUAAUUGUCAUUCGCGGAAAGAGAGCUUGUUUAUGGGGAUCAUUAUAUCUUGACGAUUUUGAAGAAGAGGAUAAAGAUUUAAAGAGAGGCAAACCUUUGUAUCUAAGUCAAGAUCGAUAUCAAUUAUUGGAACAACAGUGGCUUGCACAUAGAUUUGAUCAUACGAAAAAGACUUGGGUGUGGCAUCGUGACGCGCUGUGACCUUUCAUUUUGUUGAACGCAUAGCCCAUCCGAAGCGCAUCAAAAUUUUCUUUGACCCCCUCCUCCACCCCCUUAAUCAAAUCACUGACUCGCUAAUAAUAACGCUUCACGAAAAAAAAAAGAAACUUUUAACAGUUUGCUCCACUAGAGUUUUAGAUAUAUUUAUUCUCAUUUUUGAUGCAAUGCUUAGACGUUAUAGUAAUUAUAAAAAUAAUAAUAGUAAUAAUAAUAAUAAUGAUAUGUAAUGAGGUAACGAAAAUUAUGAGAUGUUAAUAAUAACAAUAAUGAUGCUGAUGAUGAUGAUCAUGAUGAAUGAUGAUGAAGAAGAAGAAAAAAAUGAUAAUGAUUAUAAUUGAAAAAUUGAAAGUAUUAAAAAGUGGUGAUAGCCAGGUUGCUAAAAUUGAUCAAAUUGGAGAAGUUGAUUGAACUUGACUGUUGUUAAGCUUUGUAAAUUUUAUUUUAAAAGUCUCAAUUAUAUUAUGAAGACAGUAAUAAUUGAAAUCAAGAACUGAGAGUUCCUAUACCUACAAGAAAGAGAUAUUUUAAUAAUUUUUUUUUUUAUUUACGUUUUAUUUUUUAUCGCGAUAUAAUUUAUCCUCUAAUUUCUUGUUUUUUUUUUAAAUAAUAUUCAAUGAAUCUAAAAAAUGAAUGAUCGAAGAAUUUUUACUUUCCCAGUUCUAAAAAAAAAGAAAAUACAUCCUUUUUUUUCUAUAUUUCUCUAUUUAAAUAGAUUUUAUUUCUCAAUUAGAAUAGAAACACUUUUUCAAAGAAAAAUGAAAAAUUAUUAUUUAAUAAUAAUAGAAUACAAUUUUCGAUCAUUUCAUUUUCGAUGAAUUCGAAAAAAAGACGAGAAAUUAGAGAAUGUGUCUCUUUCUACUUUAUUUUAGUAUAAAAAUACAGAAAAAUGAAUCAUGAAAAUUUCAAUUGAAAAAAUAUUGCCUGAUAUGUAUACAACAAUUUACAUAGGAAGAUAAAUAUUUUUGGAGCAUUUUUAAAAAAGAUGUUUACAUUCGAGAAGAAUUUUUUUUUUUUUUUUUAAAUUCUUUUUACAAAAGAAAAAUAUUCUUUACAUAAAAGAAAAUACGGUAUUUAUGUUAAUAGAAUUGAAACAGAUUUGAAGAAACAAAAGAAAAAAAAUUAAAUAAAUAAAUCAUAGUUAUAGUAAAAAUUCGUCCUAUUUUCAGCACAUUUUUGCGUGUUGACGUGAUCAAUUUCAAUAAUUUUUGUCAUGAGACAAAGUUAAUUAAAAUUAGGCUUUUUACUAAUUAAUGAUAAUAAUAAUAUUAUAGUUUGAUUGAAUAAAAUUGUUAACAAUAUUUUUGUUUAUACGUAAUGCGAUUUAAAAGAACAAUUUUUUGUUUUGUUUUUUAAUAAGCAAUCCUUAAAAUUGAAUGUCAUAAUGAAUUUAAUUUUAGACUUCAUUUUACUUAUGAUGUGCUGUAAAUGAUUAAAAAAGAGAAGGGACCAAUUCAAAUUCUGCUCAAGUUGAACUGUUUUCUUCCAGUGAAUUAAAAAAAAAAAAAAAAAAAAAUAGUGGAAAACUAAAAGAAAAACUAAACACAAUUUGCAAGAGACAAAUUUACAAAAAAAGAAGAAUCCACAUAUUUUCUUUCUUAAAAUUUAAUUCAACAUGCAAGAACAAUGAAUUCCUUUCUGAAAAUUUGACAGACGAAACUAAAAAAAAAAUGCUCGACUUGAAAAAAAUGUAUUGAUUUUGGAAUAUAAGAUUGCUUUGUUAAGAUAAUUAAUUAAUUUUCAUUACAUUAAUAAUUUUACGAUGAUAUGCUUCUAUGGAAAUCUAUAGGGAUAUAUCUUUUUGUUACUUCGAAAAUAAUAAGUGAAACCUUCCCAUUUAUAGAACUCGAUUGUCGUCACACUAUAAUAUUCGAGCAGAAAAAGAAAAUUAUCAUUAUUUUUAAUUUUUCUAGAGAAUAAUAUUGAAUUUUUUUUUUUUCUUUGUGUUAGAACGAAGAAUAGUUGGGAAGUAAGGACGAAAUAAGGACAAAAUACUUUUUUUUCACACACAUAUAUAUAGUCACUAUUACAUUUUUUAAAGUUUGUUGCGUAUUAAUCCAUUAAAUUUUGCAAAAAGUAAUUAAUAUCGAGAUAGUUAUUAAAAAUUACGAUACACAUUGAUUUUGUUUAUUGCUGGAAUUUAAAAUAAGAAAAAAAUUUGUCAAUGAUUUUUAUUAGUUCUUGUAGAAUAUAAAUUUAAAGAAUAUUGUGGUAAAAAAAAAAUUCGUAAUUUUUUAGUUCAAGGGGAAAAUAUUGUUUUUAAAAAAACGUAAUGUUUAAAAAUGUUUCUUUUUUCUUUAUUUUAUUGGAUAUAUAAAAAUUUAUUAAUAUUUAUUCAAAAUAAUAAAAGUUAUUAUUUUUCAAAUAAUCAGAGUAUUCAUAGAAGGAAAAUUCAUAGAUAAUUGUUAAAUAUUUUCGAAUUUUGUGAUAUUUAACAAAUUAUCUCGAUUUUUUUUUCUUGUUUAGAGAGAAAUAAAAAAAAAUUACAUUUUUUUUGUAAUAUUUUUAUAUUGCAAGAAUUUAUUAAGUGAAACAAGAUAAAAAAAAAGUGCUACGAAAAUAUUCGUUGAAUGAAAUUUUUUAUCUCAUCGACUAUAUUUUACAAGAAAUUCUUUUCAUUUUGUAUUCCAGAAUCGUAAUUAUUUAAAAAAAAAAAGAAUUCGCAAACUUCUUGAUGCAAAAUAUAAUGGAUUUCGUUUUUUUUUCUCUCUUCUAGAACUUAAUAAUAAGUCUUUGUCCAUUUGUAAAAAUGUACAUUUUUCCCCCUCGAAAAACAUGCUUUUUGAAUGAUAUACAGACAUAUUUGCAAUAAGAUAUUCUUGUAAGAGAACUGUAUCAGAUUUAUCUGGAAAACAUUUAUUUAAGAAAGAAAAUAAUCUUUAAAAAAAAAGUGAUAUAUAAUAAUAUUAAUAAUAAUAAUAAUAAUAAUAUUAAUAAAAAAGAAACACGUGUAAUAGACAGUUUUGCUUUUGCUUCUCUUUUUCUCGCGCUAUGGUUUGGAAAAUCAUUAAACGAAAAAAUAAAACAAUUGUCAACUGUAUUUUAAUAUUGUUGCGAAUUAGUCUUUAAGAAAAGUUUGACGAAUUUUAUUUCUUACAAAAAAAAAAAAUAAAACAAAACAAAA